AUGACAUGGACAUCUUCAUUGGCUCGAAAUCAAGCAGAAGGCGUUGGCGAGAGUCUCCACUCUCUAGAUGUCAGUGCGACAUUGCGAAUCCAAUGCGCCAGCCAGCCAUCUGGCAGAUGCUGCAUCAACACGCCACUGACAGUCAUCUCGACGUCGGGAACUUGUAAUAAAGUUGCUUCGUCACUUUCGGGGCAGAAGGCGGUCGAGCUUCUUGAGGGGCUGUUGAGGGUCACCGCGGAGGGGCACAAGUUGCGUUGUAAACCAAACAACGACAUCCAUCCUUUCCUCCUCCCAUCCCCUCACCCACGUUGGGUGGCUUACUACACCGUGGCAGCACUCAGCCUAGCUGAGGCGCCUUUUCCUUCCUUUACACUUCACCCCUCAUCCAAUUCGCAUUGCACAUUGCAAGCGUUUAGGAAAAUGGAGAACUCGAAGCAUGGUUCCUUGCCGCUACUCGACAAAGUGCUGGGCCUAGAUGUCGACAACGCGGUCAUUGGCUUCACUCGGAUGUUGCUCCGAGUCACGAAGUGGGCUGCUCUGUUGGCCAAAUCUCCACCGAAUCUACUAUGGUACAGACAUCUAUUCGAACCCAGAACAAUCGAGAGACGAGCUCGCGAAGGAGCAAAGCCUCCGGUUCAAGAAAAAAGUCUCUGGCCUUAG